AGUAUUUCCACCACACGAGAGAGUGAAAUACAACAGAGUAAAACCGCAGAGAGAGAGACACACAUAUCAGCACAAGCGGAGCAGUUUUCAAUGAAUUACCCAACAGCAACAUGCGCUUCGCAGCCACGCCUGCCUUGAACAACACAGCAAACUAGGAUACAAGGUCCCCUGGUGGGCUGGUUCCUCUCUGUCUUGCAUCACCUCCUCUAUUUCUUCUCCUCCUCUGAACUCCCAAAGCCCUUUGAGGAGCAAGGCCAUGGCACCGUUUUCCUCUCCCAUCCUCCUCCUGUCUCUCGUCCUCGUCCUUUCCCUGCCUCCAUCCUGUUCUCCUGAAUCCCAGCGGGAAGAACCGUCUCUCCAGCCCUCCGAAGCUCCAGAAGCUCCAUCAGAGCUCUACAGUAACCUGACGGAUGAGGGCGACGGCGCCGCUCUGAAAAAAACUUGCACCGACCUGGUCGAAUGCAAACCUGGAAUCAUCCUGCCCGUGUGGAAGCCCAUCAAUCCCAGUCUGGGAGAGCAGAUCAUCCGGGCUAUUGUGUAUUUUGUGUCUCUCAUGUACAUGUUUCUGGGAGUGUCCAUCAUCGCUGAUCGAUUCAUGGCAUCUAUAGAGGUCAUCACGUCACAGGAGAAAGAAGUGACCAUCACUAUGCCAAACGGAGAAACAUCAGUGGCCACUGUGAGAAUCUGGAACGAAACCGUGUCCAAUUUGACUCUAAUGGCGCUUGGAUCUUCCGCCCCUGAAAUCCUCCUGUCUGUCAUUGAGGUGUGUGGUCAUGGGUUUGAGUCCGGUGAGCUCGGUCCGGGCACCAUCGUGGGCAGCGCUGCCUUUAAUAUGUUUGUGAUCAUUGGAAUUUGCGUGUGGGUGAUUCCUGACGGAGAGGUGAGGAAGAUCAAACAUCUGAGAGUCUUCUUCAUCACCGCCUUCUGGAGUAUCUUCGCUUACAUCUGGCUCUACCUGAUCCUGUCAGUCAUCUCACCUGGAGUCGUCGAGGUAUGGGAAGCUCUGGUCACUCUCUGCUAUUUCCCUGUUUGUGUGAUUCUGGCCUGGAUCGCUGAUCGUCGCCUCCUUUUCUACAAGUACAUGGCCAAGCGCUACCGGGCCGACAAAAGGACAGGAGUUGUUGUGGAGACCGAGGGGGACAUGACCCCCAAAGGUAUGGAGAUGAUGAUGGAUGGCAAGUUUCCACUGAGAGCCGAAGGGAUGGGCACACAGGAACAUUACCAGGAUGGAACUGGCACAACAGGCACCAUGGCAACUCUACCCAACUCCAACAGCACGACCGUUUACAUGGAAGGUGCCAAGGACUUAGACGAGAGCCGUAAGGAGGUGAUCCGUAUCCUGAAGGACCUGAAGCAGAAAUAUCCGGAUAAAGAGUUGGAUCAGCUGGUAGAGUUGGCCAACUACUACGCCCUCCUCCAUCAGCAAAAGAGCCGUGCCUUUUAUCGUGUCCAAGCCACGCGCAUGAUGAUUGGGGCUGGUAAUGUGCUGAAAAAACAUGCAGCCGAUCACGCUCGCCGUGCUGUUGUGGUGGGCGGCGAUGAGGCUUCAGAGGAAGACGACUUGGCUGUCUGCAGCCACAUCUCCUUCGAGAGUGCGCACAGCCAGUGCAUGGAGAACUGCGGCACCAUCACAAUACCAGUGGUGUGUCGAGGAGGUCUGGGCGAGAGCACUUUCUAUGUUGACUACUGUACGGAAGAUGGCACAGCCAAUGCUGGAUCAGAUUAUGAGUACUGCGAAGGCACGCUAGUGUUCAAGCCAGGAGAAACCAGGAAAGACAUUAAGGUGGGCAUCAUCGACGAUGACAUCUUUGAAGAAGACGAGCAUUUCUUUGUGCGUUUACUGAACCUCCGUGUCGGUGAUGCAGAGGGUAUGUUUGAGAGUGACGACGCGGAUCAGGCUCCCAAGGCCCGGCUGGUGGAACCACUGAUGGCCACGGUCACCAUCCUGGACGACGACCAUGCGGGGAUCUUCACUUUCACGGAUCGCCUAGUGCGAGUGAGUGAGAGCGUGGGUACCAUGGAGGUCACGGUGGUCCGGAACUCUGGCGCUCGUGGAACCGUGAUCAUUCCAUACCACACAGAGCCUGGAACGGCCCAAGGGGGAGGGGUCGACUAUGAGGACACACAUGGAGAGCUGGAAUUCACCAACGACCAGACAACUCAGACCCUUCAGGUGAGGAUCAUUGAUGAUGAAGAGUACGAGAAACAUGAGAAUUUCUACAUCGUUCUUGAGGAACCGCGCUGGUUGAAGAGAGGAAUCUCAGCCCUGCUGCUGAACCAAGAGGAUCCGGAGGGACAGUUGAGUGCGGAGGAGGAGGAGGCAAGGAGGAUAGCGGAGAUGGGGAAACCUAUUCUGGGGGAGCACAGCCGGCUGGAGGUGGUGAUCGAGGAGUCCUAUGAAUUUAAGAGCACCGUCGAUAAACUGAUCAAGAAGACCAACCUGGCGCUGGUGAUCGGCACUCAUUCCUGGCGAGAGCAGUUUGUGGAGGCCGUGACCGUCAGCGCAGGUGAUGGAGAUGAAGAUGAAGAGGAGGGCCGAGAGGAGCAUCCCCCGUCCUGCUCUGAUUAUGUCAUGCACUUCCUGACGGUGUUCUGGAAGGUUCUUUUCGCGUUCGUUCCGCCCACGGAGUACUGGAACGGCUGGGCCUGCUUUGUAGUGUCCAUCAUUGUAAUUGGGAUCCUCACUGCCAUCAUCGGAGACCUGGCGUCACACUUCGGCUGCACCGUGGGCCUCCGUGACACCGUCACCGCAGUGGUGUUCGUCGCUUUGGGCACUUCUAUCCCAGACACAUUUGCCAGCAAAGUUGCCGCCACCCAGGAUCAGUAUGCAGACGCCUCCGUCGGAAACGUCACGGGCAGCAACGCCGUCAACGUGUUUCUGGGCAUCGGCGUUGCCUGGUCCGUGGCGGCCGUGUACUGGGCCAUCCAGGGCAAGCGCUUUCAGGUAGACCCUGGCUCGCUGGCCUUCUCCGUCACCCUCUUCACUAUUUUUGCCUUCAUCUGCAUGGGGGUGCUGCUGUUCAGGCGCCGGCCAUCUAUCGGCGGAGAGCUGGGCGGCCCUCGUGUCCCACGUCUGCUCACUUCGCUCCUCUUUCUGGGUCUGUGGUUCCUGUACAUUCUCUUCUCCAGCCUUGAGGCCUACUGCCAUAUCGAGGGCUUCUGAACGGCCUCCCUUGUUACGACACACACUUAUAUGUACAAACGGGGUUUUGAGGCUUGAUAAACUACAUACAUCAACACAACUUUGCACACACACACAAAACAUGUAUGAAUCUUUCAAAUGCACUAAUGCAAAUCAUUCAACUUGGAAGAGAAUCUGAGGUGAAAGAGAAAAAGAGAUGGAUGAUGCUGGGAAAAGAUAAAAGAAGAUGAGUUUAUGAAAGCAAAGCAAGUAGCAAAAGAGGGCAAAGAUGAGCGUGAUGUAGUAUAAAGAGGGAGCGACGCUGUAAAAUAGUCAUGUUUCGAUCUUUUCCGUUUCUUAAGCUCAGAACUGACAACUUUUUUUUACACUGCAGACGUUGUCACGUAAAAGGUCUUUUUAGUAAAUCUGAGUAAGGAUAAAGGUGUCCUUAGAGCUAUAGUGACAGCAGUUUAGAUGCUAAUGAAAAUGCACCAGCAAUUGGCUGCUUAACAGAUCAGCAGUUUCGCUUGCAAUGUGCAUUAUUCUGUGCUAAAGCAGUCAUUUAUGAUUGUUGCUUGACAGAUCGUACAAUAUGACCGCAGAGCUAAAAGAGCAAAAGCAAGACAGAAUGAAAAUUGCGUCACACUAGACUUCAAGCAUGUAAAAUCACUUUAGUCCUUGCAUUGAAUUUGUGCAGUGGAAAUGAUGUCAUGUUCUAGGGCUUCUUAUUCUAUAAAUCAUAAAAUAUUAAUAAUAAUGCAUUUUAGUGUGACUGAACAUAACCGAAGAAAGCCCUUUUUGAUAAUGUUUACAAUGUUUCUCCUGCAUAAUGCUGGACUGAGCAAACUCAAAGUUAAUAGUAAUGUGAUUAUAAUGCUAAAUAGUGAAAUAUUUGUUUCGCAUAAAUAUUGGAAGCUGUUGCUCUGAAAAAAAGACAAAAAUGUAUCAGUGACACACUAAGUAGUCCAAGACUUUCAAUUGUGCCCUGAAAAAAAUCUUUUGCAUUUUAAUAUUAUUUAUGGUUAAUAAUUAGUACAAAAUCUAGUAGAAAAUAAUAAUAAAAAAACAAUUAUAUUGUAAUUUAUUUUGAAAAUAUGAAAUAUUGGCUAGUUUAUUGGCCUUUGUUGUCAGUAUUCUCUCACAAUCUCCCUUUUUCAGACACAAUUGUGCCCUACAAUGAGAAAAAUAGUCUGGCUUAAAGGGAUAGUUCACGCAAAUUAAAUUUCUUAUCAUUUACUCUCUGUUUCAAAACAGCAUUAUAUUUUGUCGUACUGUAUGUUGGUAGCUACUGACUUCCAUAGUACUCCAUUGAUUUUUUUUUUCCAUUCUAUGUAAGUCAGUGGCUGUUUUUUUCCCUAACGUUUUUCAAAAUAUCUUCAUUUAGCUCAACAAAAGAAAGAAGUUGAAACCGGUUUGGAAAAUAGUAAAGAAUUUCAUUUUUGUGGGAAGUAUCCCUUUAAGACUAGAAGAAAGCAGCGGUAGCUCAUGGACAGAAGAAUAAGUGAAGAUGGAAUUAGAAAGUUAUUUAUUAAAAGUAUUACCUUCAUUCUCUGACCCGAAAUGGCUUUAUUUUCAAAAAAUUGUGUUCAUCUGAGUCACACUGAAUCCAGAUAAUAACAUUUAUUUUUACACGAAAACCUAUUCUACCCUUCAACAACCCCUCUGAUUCAACAAACAAAACAUCUUAUGACAUCACAAUGUCUGGGAACUUCUGAAAUGGAACACUGAGCAUCGUAAUGAUUUGAAUCUUCAAUUGUUGCAUUCUUUCUGAAAUGGAACACUGGACAUCAUGAUUUGAAUCUUUAGUUGUUACAUUCAUUCCAAAAUGGAACACUGGUCAUCAUAAUGAUUUGAAUCUUCAGUUGUUACAUUCAUUCUGCACCUUCUGCUGCCUGGAGACAAUGGAACGCCUCUAAAAGUGUCAAUGUAAAAAUUCACUCGCCGUCGUCUCCAUAUCUCCAACGGUCAAGCGUCAAGCCACUGGGAUGUACGCAAAACUAUUUUCUCAUAACAGCGUUCAGAGUAUGCCAGAAAUAAAAGACAUCUCCGUCAAUGCUUGCAGUGGCUGAACGGGCGCCGUUGAAGUAACUCUUAAACAGGUUUAUUAGAAGAACAAAUGAUUUGAGUGUCAACUUUAUUACGGUGCAUAAACUGAAGUGUGUCCACGUUCAUUGAUGCAUCCGGUGACUUUACAAGUUCUCGUAACAAAACACUAAGUCAAUAUGUCUCUGUACAGUUUCUCUCGGCAUUGUGUAAACCUGUCUGGGGCGUCUUGAUCUAGAGCAGUUAAGAGCUGCGCAGUGAUUGGUUCUUUAUAAACUCGUUAGCUGAUUAGUCCGCCGGAGCUGAAAGCUGAUUGGUCCCUUACAGAUUCACAAUAAAAAUGUUGUUUACUUGUAGAGCACUCAGGAUUGUGUGUAUAUGUGCGUUAAGGGGAUUCUAAGCGUUUUUAUGUCGUCAGCUCAUCUGUCCGGUCCGUAGAUGUUUGUGUAAAGCUGUGUGGUGUGUGUACUGUGUUCUCCUGCUAUACUUCAGGGCUGGACUUUUGUCUGUGGUCUAGUCAAUCGAAAUGCAUGAUGGAGUACAUAUCGGCAGAUCUAUAAUGGCAUGCUUUGAUUCUGAAGACAUGCAUGAAUUUGAAGUUUACACUGUUUGUUACUAAACGGGACAACAAUGAUGGCUGCCUAUGUCAGAUCUCUUUUAUAAUAUUUUGAUGUGAGAUCAGUACUUAAAGAAAAUGUUUACGCAAGAAUGAAAUUUCGCUGAACAUUUACUCACCCUCAGGCCAGCCAAGAUGUAGAUAAGUUUGUUUCUUCAUCAGAUUUGGAGAAAUGUUGCAUUACAUCGUUUGCUCACUCUACAGUGAAUGGGUGCCGUCAGAAUAACAGCUUGUAAAAACAUCACAGUAAUUCACAAGUAAUCCAAACCACUCUCAUCCAUCAAUUAAUGCCUUGUGAAAUUAAAAGCUGUGUUUUUGUAAGAAAUAAAUCCAUCUUUAAGACGUUUUGAACUUUAAACUAUUGUUUCUGACUAAUAUAUGAGUUCAUGAUCCGUAAUAUUGUUUCUCUAGUGAAAAUGUCAUCUUUGGAAACAUAUUUUAGCCAGAAAUUAAUUACAUCUUAAUUAUGGAUGUGCUUAUUACAAACAGACUUCACUGCAGAGGAUCCGUUGGUGAGCAAGUGAUGUAAUUCUACAUUUCUCUUAAUCUAAUGAAGAAACAAACUCAUAUACAUCAUUGAUGGCCUGAGAGGGAAUACAUUUUGGAAAAUGUAAAUUUUGGGUGAUCUAUUCCUUUAAUUAACAUUUAAUUUAUUUACGUGCAGAUCAGAAGUCUAAUUAUGUUCAAUAAUGUCUUGUGGUAAAAAAAAGGCACCAUUGAUCUGUAUUUUCACAUGCUUUGCCUCACACUGAACAACGUUCACACCUUUGUUUACAGUUCAGAAGAGAGAAAUAAGCUCUCUUAAAUGUUGUGCAAAAGAUAAAGCAUGAAAUCGUGUUUUAUACAUGCUCAACAUCAGUCAACUUAAACUGGCUUUAACAGACUGUUAAUCACUAGGUAGAAAAUUGGGGAAAAUGUUAUUUUGUUUAUAUUUGAUAUCUGAAACCCUGAAGGACGGGUUCAAUCCUAGAUUAGCAGAAUCUUAACUCUGUUUAGUUCCCAAUUAUUGCCUUAAGAGACUUAUUGAUUAUUUAGUAUUUAACUAAUAACAUGUCAUAAUUCUAUCUGUGUUGUUACAUGUUAAUGUGUUUGUUUUCUCUGAGUACAACAGAAACCAAAUUGAAUGAGACAGAGUGUGCAAUAUGCUAACCUAUCCCUGAGCAACCGGCAUUGCAGUAAACCUUUCAGUCAUACUCGGUGCCUAUCCCGACCCCGUCGCUUGCUUCGAGGUUUUCUUUAGUGCAUGUAGGCUUUUUAAUCUUAACGCUACAAAGAGGAAGUGCAAUAAAUCUGACAAAUGACAAGAAGAGUCGUUAGAGAUUUUCUGAAAGUUAAUGUUUUGUUUUAUCAUUACUGAUCUUGUGUUUUUGUGUGGCAUCGAGUCUGGAGAAUCGGUAGAAAUCACCCAUUGCCCUGAAUGUCAGAUGUUUACUCUUUUUACGACUCUGUUAAUGUCGAAAGCUUUGUAAAACUUUUUGGAAUACGACUUUGUGACAUUUUCAGUAGGUGAUUUUUCUAUUUCCAAGUGUACUCAAAUUGAUAGGAACCUCAGUAGCUAUUGAUGUAAUAGUUUUUGAUAACUAUUUCCAAGAUGUUUAGAUAUUCUCAGUAGGUUUAUUUGGGUUGAAAAGAAAUCACCAUAUGUUGUAUGAUAAUUCAGACUCCAUUUGCAGUGUUUAUUAUUGCAGCGAAUUAAUCUCUACGCUGCAUCCUCACAUCUAUCUAUCUAUAUAUCUAUCAUCUAUCUAUUAUUUGUUUUUCUAAUGAAUUACAAGUAAUAUGUCUCUGUAAAACAGUUUUUUGUGCACUGGGCCAAAGGCUAUUUUUAUUUAUUAAUUUAUUUACAAGGAAUUUAACUCAUGAUAACAGAGUGAAAUACACUGUAGGUGUGACUGUCUCGUCUGUUGACUGUGUGAAGGGCAUGUUCACUGAGUAAAAGGCCAUCUUGGCUUUUUCCAGUACACGUCUUCAUGUGUUCUGGUGAUGAUGUUGCAUUUCUGAUGUCCACCAGCGGUUGGACUGUGUUCAUUACUGUAAAUGUGAAGUUGUACAUGUGCCUCUAAUGUACAAAAUGCAUGAAGUACCUGUUUGUAUGCAUGAGGUGUUAUCAGUGUCAAAGUUUACAUUUAUAUCCCAUCUUUUUUCUUAUUUUGCAUUUUUUAUUUUACUUGCAGGUAUUUUUUCAUCCAAUUCGUUAGAGAUACUAUAGAAAGGUUUUAAAAUGGAAUUGGAAGUGGGGAGGAUAACCUAUUGACAAACAGUUUGUUACAUCUUAAUUUCUGCCUAGGGAAAUGUGAAAAACAGUUGUUACUUUCCAUGUUAUGAACCUCCGUCUUGUUGUCCUCACAGUUUUGUAUGUUGUCUGUGUCGAGCUCAAACUGGUCUUGCUCCCUGCCUUGUUUUUGUGCACUUCUGUCUGUGAUCAUUCUCUUCUGCCUGUUAAUUACUUUAAUAAUGACUGACAAUGUCCAAAAUGAUGUGACAUUAAUAUAUAUAAAAUACUGUAAUAAUUCACUAGAAAAUAAUAUUGAGGAUUAUGUUUGUUUGUUUGCUUUUUUUGUUUGUUUCCGUUCAUUUUUCAUGGAAGUAGCAUAAAAAGUCAAGACAAAACUAAAGGCGGAGGAGAUUUGUUUUAAAGAACAUGGCAUGAUGUGUACUGUGUCCCGAGAAGAAAAAAAAUUAUGUAGCUGUUAGAGCUCAAGCAGACCUUAUUGAAUAUAGUUUAUUUAUUUUAAACA